AUGUUUGGUAUACCAUCUUGUAGACCAUCAAGUUCGACUUAUGAACGAUGGGACUAUGCACCACCCAUUGCCAACCCAGUAGAGCGUGACUUGUCAGAAGUACGUUCACCAACAGGUUGCUACAUGAUCAAGAACAUUGAUCAGAUGCACACAUUAGAGAUAGGAUCAACAGUGUUGCAAUCAUAUUACAGUGACUCACAAGAGUGUGUCGUAUGGUACACUGGUUCAGAUGGCCGCGUCUACUACACUUAUGAUCGCGAGACCUAUCAUCUGUGUGCCUACUCCAAGGCCGAGUUUGACACACGAGUCGUCCUCGAGUCUGACCUCUGGUUCAUUGGCAGACAGACAUCCGUCAAAGGUCUUGAGGCCAAGGCCAACACCCUGCGCAAGAAAGACAUGAUUCAACUAUCACUCUACGUCGAAUACUUUAUAACAAUGACCGAGGAUGAGAGGAAUAAGAAGUUGGAAUGGGAUUAA